AUGCUAGACAGAAGGAGGUCCAAGAUAGUAUCCACGCUCUCUGCAGUAAGAGGCAGGAGAAAGAAGGAGAUUGAGGCUGCGUUAAGGAAUGUGGGGAUACAUCCGGCUGCGGAGUGGGCGUGCGAGAAGUGGCCGGACACCAGCGCAGUCGACAAGUACGCUUCGGACGAGGACUUCAUGAUCGACGAGGUCAUCAGCUGCCAGCGGAAACAACUAGCGGAGGCGGCAGCUAGGAGGGCUGCGGACCCGGUAGGUGCCGAGCGAGAGCGUCUGAGGGCACAGAAAGAGGCGAGGGACUUUGCGCGGAUUCUUCAGCGGGGUGAGAGGAAGCAGCGCUGCAAAGAGUUUCAGAAGUCUAUGAGAUGCCCGGGGUCUUCGAGUGGGGGACAAUGCAGUAGUACUGGUUCGUACACCUGCGCGUUUGUAGCGUGCGCCAAGUGUUGUCCAACGUACCCUGGGGACUGCCCGCGCCACAAAGCCGUGCUCGCCUGAGGCGGUCAGAGUCAGUCCGUUGGAUAGAUCUGCGUUUGCCAAGUGAGAGGGCUUGCGACCUCGAAGUACUGAGAGCACGGCAAUUGGUUCAGAGAGUCGAUGCUCUCUAGGUUGGACGAACUUUGGCAGACGGUCUAGUUCGUUGAACGGAUAGUGCGCGGCAUCAAGUGCCGAGUCUGCAUGGAUAGGUCGAUCAAGGUCGCUCACUGCCAACAUUUUUGGCACAUCUUGUUCCUUGCCAAUUAUCAUGCAGUGUUCAGAUCUCAUCACGAG